GUGCUUUGCCUUAAAAGAUCUUAAAGUGAGGAGGUAGCAAGGCGCUUUGAUUUAACUUACUUUGAUAUUGUAACUUAAUGCAAUUAAAUAUUAACAUAGGCUUUACCAAUCGUGUGCGAAAUCUUGAAAAGAAACCCGUCGCUCGGUUUUAUAUCGAAUUCUUAACGGAAGAAGUUAAUCCCAUAUUACUGCAAGAUGAAAGCCUGGAGAGAUCUGGGUAUUACCUAUAUCCAGUAUUCCAACAUCGCAGCCCGUGUGGUGCGAGAGGCCCUGCGCAUUGAGCUCCGUGCAGACGCCGCCAAGCGAAACAUCAGCCAUGUGAAGUUCACUCCGUGGGUGAACGGAAAGCCUGUGCCGCGCAAGAAGGUAGAACGUGAAUCCGAAUCUUAGGCGCCCAUUUCGGUGAUUUGUACACCAUGUUUCAUCCAGAAUAACAGCUGCCAUGAUUCUACAAUAACAUUUCAAAUAAAUCUAAUUCACUGAAAAAAUG